CACGUAUCGGUGAUGUGUCAAUUUGUGAGUGAAGAGUGAUACAAAACAACACGGAAAAACUUGUAUCACAAUGGUCGAUCCAUACCGUACCAUUUCACCGUUAUCCAUUGUAAUUAUUACGGUAGUUGUGACCACCAUUUCGUCGCGAGAAUUGCUGCCGAAACAACGACUCAUUGCACCAGCGGUUUUAUUCGAUCGAAAGUAUGGCACACACAAAUUUGCCAUCGUUAAUGGUAUUCGUUUCCAUUACGUCGAAGCUGGAGACCGUCGCAAACCGUUGAUGGUAUUCGUGCAUGGAUUCCCCGAGUUCUGGUAUUCGUGGCGUUAUCAGAUUCCAGAGUUUUCUAAAGAGUAUUGGACUGUUGCCAUAGAUAUGCGAGGUUUUGCGUGGUCACAGAGACCCAUCGGAGAGACAAACUACGUGCUGCCCAAUUUGAUCGUCGAUUUGAAAGCCUUUAUCAAGUACUUGAAUCGUAAGAAAUGUGUGCUGGUGUGCCACGACUGGGGCUCUAUAAUUGGAUCCGCAUUUAUUGCCAGCAAUCGGGAGAUGGUGGACAAAUAUAUUUUGUUGGGAUCCCCGUCGGGGACAGUGUUCAAGCAGCUUAUUGCCGAGUCAAUGGACCAGCGCAAUAAGGCAGCUUAUAUUAUCGAGUUCUUGAAGCGUGGUGUGGCUGAAUCAGAAAUGCGUGCCAAUGAUUAUGCGUUUUUCUCGACGCUGUUCAAAGAUGAGGAUCUUGAUGUCUAUAAAUAUGUCUUUUCGAAGCCGGGUGCAUUAACGGCUGGACUAAACUAUUAUCGUGCGAAUAUUUCGCCGAAUAACGGACAAAUGAACUUUGUUCAGGAGGUUGGUGGUGAUGCUGACGAUGGCCUAGACGGUACCGACGGAAUGUUCAUUUUAGGUGGAAAGGAUCCGUAUGUAUCACAAGAUUCACUGAAUGCCACCACCAAACAAUAUCCAAAAAUGUGUGUCAAAGGCAUUCCGAAUGCCGGACAUUUCCUGCACCAAGAUGAGCCCGAAAUUACAAAUAAUUUGAUCCGCGACUUUCUUUGUAAAUAAUACGUU